AUGUCUUUCAUCCUUGGCCCAUAUUGUCAGCUAGUGCUUCUCCAAAUCAUGACCGAAUCCAUGGCGUUACCAACUUGCGGAAACGAAGAAAUCCCGGCUUUGCAUGAUUCACAAUCAUGGAAUUGGUCCAACAAGGAUGCAGAGAUAGAUCAAUAUUUGUCAGAGCCCUUGGCUUUUUCUGCAGCAAGUCCACAUUUGCAAUCUUCACCAGUACCAGCAUUUGACUUCCAGAUGCAUCAAGAGGAUAUGCAAGGCCUUUCUCCCGGCGGGCUCUUCCCAAAAAAGGAUGGCAUCCACUUCCAUGAGCUGCUCUGGCCUGAUCUCAAUGAUAAUAUCGAGCUCCUAAGUCCUGAUGUUGAUCUUCCUCAUGACCUUAUGAUUCCUCAAGACAAUCCCUCCCUUGAUCUUCCACCCAAGCGAAAAGCAAAUGAGCUGAUUCCACAAAAGGAAUACACGGAAUCUUCAUCACAUCUGAGAAACAAACUCCUGAAGAAAAAUCACAACACUGAUGAUAUAUCAAAAAUCGUUGUACAAUCAAUGUUAAACACCAGCAGCUCACUCAGGUCUUGUGGAGAAUUAGGAGAGAAUGUUGGAGGAUUAUCCCCAGCCAAAAUUGUGCAGAACAAAAAUGAAAGACCUAGAAGUCUUGCACCCAAAUCAUCUCACAGCUUGAGUCAUUGA